AAUUGUUUUUUUUUUUCAGAUUCUUCGAAGCCCUAGAGCGUCGUCUUCGUCUUCUACGACGGCAAUUUCGUGGAAGCAAUUAAAUCGAUUCCGGCGUCGCUCGACGUUUGUUAAACCGGCGACUAAGAUCUUAGAGGCGGUUUCUGACUAACUUCCGGCGAAAUAAUGGCAAACAGAACAGAUCCGUUGGCCAAGAAUAUAAGGGGGACGAAUCCGCAGAAUCUUGUAGAGAAGAUUGUGAGAACGAAGAUAUAUCAGCACACUUUCUGGAAAGAGCAGUGUUUUGGUUUAACUGCGGAGACGUUGGUUGACAAAGCUAUGGAGCUUGACCAUCUUGGUGGAACCUUUGGUGGUAGCCGCAAACCUACUCCGUUCCUUUGCCUCAUAUUGAAGAUGCUUCAAAUCCAGCCUGAGAAGGAAAUUGUCGUCGAGUUCAUCAAAAACGAUGAUUACAAAUAUGUUCGUAUUCUUGGGGCUUUCUAUCUCCGUCUCACUGGGACUGAUGUUGAUGUCUAUCGUUACCUCGAGCCUCUCUACAAUGACUACCGAAAAGUGAGACAAAAGCUACCUGAUGGGAGGUUUUCAUUGACACAUGUGGACGAAGUCAUUGAGGAACUUUUAACCAAGGAUUAUUCUUGUGAUAUUGCAAUGCCACGUUUGAAGAAAAGGUGGACGCUUGAACAGAAUGGUUUAUUAGAGCCGAGGAAAAGUGUAUUGGAAGAUGACUUUGAAGAAGAGGAAGAAAAGGAGGAGAACGAAGCGAUUGCUGAUGGAUCUGAAGAUGAGAAGGAUCAUCGCCAUAAGAGUCCUGAAAGAGAAAGAGAUAGAGACAGAGAGAGAGAUAGGAGACGCGACAGUCAUAGACACAGGGAUCGUGAUUAUGAUAGAGACUAUGAUAUGGAUCGAAAUCAUGACAGAGAGUAUGAAAGAGAACGUGGGCGUGGUGGGAGGGACCGGGAUAGAGAGAGAGACAGAGAUCACUAUGGAGAGCGGGAUAGGGAUAGGGACAACAGGGAACGAGGCAGAGACAGAGAACGAGACAGAAGAGACAGGGCAAGGCGUAGGAGUAGAAGCAGGAGUAGGGAUCGUAAGAGACACGAAACUGAUGAUGACAGGGAUCGUGAUGAACCAAAGAAGAAGAAGGAGAAGUUGAGGGAAGAUGGAACUAAUCAUCCAGAUCCUGAGAUUGCAGAAAAUAAUAGACUGAGAGCAUCACUGGGAUUGAAACCUUUGAAGAUGUGAAAUGAGAAGAUGGUAUCAAACCGGAACUUGGUUCAUUGUGUCAAGCUACUACAGUGUGAUUCUCCAAGUCACUUUAGUUUUUGUUUAUGGUUUGCGAGUUAUCUAAUCCCUCCGUCUUUUAUUGUAGAACAAAAUGAAGAAUCUUGAAAUGGCAUUGUAACUGUAUGUUCUUAACCGGAUCAUGAAAUUCAGAUUGUAAACCGGUUAAAAUUCGUUUAGUCAUGACGACGUCGCAAUAUCA